AUGUUAGCACGAUCGGCUGUUCGUCGACUUGUUCACGUUAGAAGUAUAGCGUCAACAUCCCGUGAUCCGCCCGUCGCCAGUAAGGUUACACCAGUAGACGAAUACGCCCAAAAUCUGCUAUCAUCUCCACCAUCACGAUUGCCAAAAACGAUUCUCCGUAUCAGAGCUGCAAUUAAGAACAAGUUCGCUAAGGAAGCAGUGGAUCCUCUACUGAAGGAUUUACUUGACACGGCCUCAGCUCAACUUUACUAUAACUGUGCAAAUAAUUACGACUAUGAGAAGCUGUGUGAAGCUUUUGGUUUACCUGAUUAUAUGUCAUCCUGGUACAAAUUGACUCUAAUGCACUGCUGGAUGGUUCUGCUGAGAAUGCAUUCAUCGCUUGAUGCACAAGCUUAUCUACGGUUACAGCGUAGUAUGUUGGCUACAUGUGGUUCGAUGUGGACGCUAGGCUAA